GAUUGCGUAACUGUUAUUCUACCUAAUCUAUCUUUCUAUCUAUUAUGAGAUACCAUGCAAACCCCUGAGAGGGAUCUAAAUACCUAUGUGGUCUCAACAGGACCGAGCUAUGGAAGAAAACCUAACAGCAGUGACAGAGUUUAUCUUUCUGGGCUUCUCAGACCUCCAGCAUCUACAGCCCCUUCUUUUUGUCCUCAUCUUACUCAUCUACCUCUUCACACUGACAGGAAAUGGCAUCAUCAUCGCUGUCACAGCUGCUGACCUGGCCCUCCACACCCCCAUGUAUUUCUUCCUCAGGAACUUGUCAGUCUUGGAGAUCUGCUACACUUCAGUGGUCGUCCCUAAGACCUUGACCAACCUCCUGUCAGAAAAGCAGGCUAUCUCUUUCCUAGGCUGUGCAGUCCAGAUGUACUUCUACAUUUUCUUUGGCAGCACAGAAUGUGGCCUGCUGGCUGUUAUGUCCUAUGACCGGUAUGUUGCCAUAUGCAACCCCAUGCGUUACUCACUCAUCAUGAGCAGAAAGGUCACCCUAAGCUUGGCAGCUAUGGUCUGGAUUGUGGGCAAAUUAGUGGCAUGUGAGCAAACGGCAGCCAUAUUCACAUUACCCUUCCAUGGGCCGAAUAAAAUCAACCACUUCUUCUGCGACGUCCUCCCAGUGCUUAGGAUGGUGAGCACAGACACAUCGCUCAUCAAUGCCAUUAUUUCCUUUCUCACUAUGGUGUUCACAAUAGUCCCCUUAAUCUUAAUCAUCGCCUCCUAUGCAAGCAUCAUCUGCACCAUUCUGAAGAUGCACUCAGGUGAGGGGAGACACAAAGCUUUCUCCGCUUGCUCUUCACACCUAAUCACAGUCAUAAUAUUCUACUGCAGUGCCUUUAUCACCUACAUGAGGCCCAGUUCCAAUGUCUCUGUGGACACCGAUCGAGCCCUCGCCCUGUUGUACACGGUCAUUAUUCCAACAUUCAACCCAAUCAUAUACAGUCUGAGGAACAAAGAAGUCAAGGAGGCUCUGAGGAAAUUCUUGACCAGGAGUAACAUUUCUUUGUUCUCAUAAAUACAGUUGUUUUUUUCUGAUCAUUGAGCCCCAUUGAAGUGUCUCAACUUGGGAGGUGUCACAAAGUUGGAAAAUGUCUGUAUUAUUGCCUAACAAUAUGAUGUAUAAUUGGUUUCCCUUUUUAGCUCUAUAUUGGCAUCUGAUUGGGAGGGGGUAGCUCAGUGGUCUGAGCAUGAGCUUGCUAAACCCACAGUUGUGAGCUCAAUCCUUGAGGAGGGCAUUCAGGGAUCCAGGGCAAAAAUCUGUCUGGGAAUUGGUCCUGCUUUGAGCACGGGGGUGGACUAGAUGACCUUCUGAGGUCUCUUCUGACGCUGUAAUUCUAUGACUGUGUAAUGUUAAAGCAAAGGAGAUUGUAAAGUGUGCUGUUAAGGAAUCCAUGAAGGGUAAUUCAGUCUCUGAGGUACCCACUUCAGAGGGUUAAGACAAUAAU